CACACGGCUUCAUUUUCCGUUUGAGUACUUAAAGCUCGGCCGACUGGACAAAGGCUUCAGUAUCUGAAUCUUCAGCCAAGAGAAACAUCGAAUUUUCUCCCCUCAUCAAUCAAUAUUUGAGAUCGUUGCUUGUGCCCGGGUCGUCUUAUAGUGCCUCUAGCAUCAUGCAAAUUUUCGUUAAGACCUUGACUGGCAAAACCAUCACCCUUGAGGUUGAGCCUUCUGAUUCCAUUGAGAAUGUGAAGGCCAAGAUCCAAGAUAAGGAGGGAAUUCCCCCAGACCAACAACGUCUGAUUUUCGCCGGCAAACAACUGGAGGAUGGUCGAACCCUCUCCGACUAUAACAUCCAGAAGGAAUCUACCCUCCAUCUCGUCCUUCGUCUGCGUGGUGGUAUGCAAAUUUUUGUCAAGACUUUGACCGGCAAGACCAUCACUUUGGAGGUUGAGCCUUCGGACUCCAUCGAAAACGUCAAGGCCAAGAUCCAAGAUAAGGAAGGUAUUCCCCCAGAUCAACAACGUCUGAUCUUUGCCGGUAAGCAGCUGGAGGACGGCCGCACUCUUUCGGAUUACAACAUCCAGAAGGAAUCUACUCUCCAUCUCGUCCUUCGCCUCCGCGGUGGUAUGCAAAUCUUCGUCAAAACUCUAACUGGGAAAACCAUCACCCUUGAAGUUGAACCUUCCGAUUCCAUCGAAAACGUCAAGGCCAAGAUCCAAGACAAAGAAGGUAUUCCCCCAGAUCAGCAGCGAUUGAUUUUCGCUGGUAAGCAGUUGGAAGAUGGUCGCACCUUGUCUGAUUACAAUAUUCAAAAAGAAUCCACUCUUCAUUUGGUACUCCGUCUGCGUGGUGGUAUGCAGAUCUUUGUCAAAACCCUUACCGGCAAGACCAUCACCCUCGAAGUUGAGCCUUCAGACUCGAUUGAGAAUGUGAAGGCCAAGAUCCAAGACAAGGAAGGAAUUCCCCCAGAUCAACAACGUCUGAUCUUUGCCGGCAAACAACUCGAGGAUGGCCGCACCCUGUCAGAUUACAACAUUCAAAAAGAGUCCACCCUUCAUUUGGUGCUCCGUCUCCGCGGUGGAAUGCAAAUCUUUGUCAAGACUUUGACCGGCAAGACCAUCACCCUUGAAGUUGAACCUUCCGAUUCCAUUGAAAACGUCAAGGCCAAGAUCCAAGACAAGGAGGGAAUUCCCCCAGACCAACAACGUCUCAUCUUCGCUGGUAAGCAACUUGAGGAUGGCCGAACCCUCUCCGACUACAACAUCCAGAAGGAGUCUACUCUUCAUUUGGUCUUGCGUCUUCGUGGAGGAAACUAGAUGCAACAAAUCAAGCCUGGUUGGAAUUCAAGAAUAUUAGGACCCCAUGGAACAUGACAUCUCAUUUAUGUGAUUAUCCUAAGUUCAAAACAAUUCACUAUUUGAUUCUUGAAGGGAAAGAAAAUACAGAUUCUGAAGCUAAA